CAGGAUGAGGAGCUCAACCCCUCGCAAUACUACGAGAUCCGCUCGCAGGCCAUCCAAAACCUCAAGACCUCGGGUCCCGUCCAACCCUACCCCCACAAGUUCCACGUCUCCAUCUCCUUCAAGUCCUUCCUGCGUCAGUACAACCACCUGCAGAACGCCGAGCAGUCGGCCGAUGAGGUCUCCAUCGCCGGCCGCAUCUACCUCAAGCGUGAGAGCGGCCAGAAGCUCCGCUUCUACGAUCUCCACUCCGAGGGUGAGAAGAUCCAGGUCAUGGCCGAGUUCAGCAAGCACGACAACAGCAUCAUCCCCUUUGCUGACAUUCAUGACAUCCUCCGUCGUGGUGACAUUAUUGGUGUCCGUGGCCACCCUGUGCGCACCCAGCGUGGUGAGCUCAGCAUUGCGCCCGUGGAGAUCCAGCUCUUGUCGCCCUGCCUGCGCGUGCUGCCCCACCAGCACUUUGGUAUCACUGACAUGGAGACUCGCUUCCGUCAGCGCUACCUUGACCUCAUGGUCAACAGCAAGGCUCGUGAGAACUUUAUCACCCGUGCCAAGAUCAUCACCUACCUGCGUCGCUUCCUUGACAACAUGGGCUUCCUCGAGGUCGAGACCCCAAUGAUGAACCAGAUUGCUGGCGGUGCUACCGCCAAGCCCUUCGUCACCCACCACAACGAUCUCAACCUGGACCUGUUCAUGCGCGUGGCUCCCGAGUUGUACCUGAAGAUGCUCGUCGUGGGCGGCUACGACCGUGUUUACGAGAUCGGCCGUCAGUUCCGCAACGAACAGAUCGAUCUGACGCACAACCCCGAGUUCACUUCCUGCGAGUUUUACAUGGCCUACGCCGACUACGAAGAUCUCAUGGAGGUCACCGAGCAGCUUCUGGCCGGUCUUGUGCUGUCCAUCAAGGGCUCGUACAAGAUCAAGUAUCAUCCCAACGGCCCUGAUGGCGAGGAGCACGAGAUUGACUUCACGCCUCCUUUCCGCCGCAUCAGCAUGAUCGAGGGUCUCGAACAAGCAUUGAACCGCAAGUUCCCCUCUGCCGAGCAAUUUGACUCAGAGGAAACUCGCGUUUUCUUGGACAACCUUUGCACUGAGCUUGGCGUGGACUGCAGUGCCCCGCGCACCACCAGCCGUUUGACGGAUAAGUUGGUCGGCGAGUACCUCGAGUCCCAGGCCAUCAACCCCACUUUCAUCUGCGACCAUCCUCAGAUCAUGAGCCCUCUGGCCAAGUGGCAUCGCUCUAAGCCUGGCAUGACCGAGCGCUUCGAGCUUUUCGUCAUGACCAAGGAGCUUUGCAAUGCUUACACCGAGUUGAACGACCCGGUGAUCCAGCGCGAGCGCUUUGAGCAGCAGAUGCAGGACAAGGCUGCCGGUGAUGACGAGGCUCAGGACAUCGAUGAGGGCUUUAUCAAGGCUCUUGAGCAUGGUCUGCCCCCCACCGCUGGUUGGGGCAUUGGUCUGGAUCGUCUUGCCAUGUUCUUGACCGACUCAAACAACAUCAAGGAGGUGCUUCUGUUCCCGGCCAUGCGCCCCGAGAGUGCAACCGAGGCGGCAGCCGCCGCGGCCAACGUGGCGGCUCAGGUGGCCACGCAGGCCAAGCCUGAGAAGAAGCAGGAGAAGAAGCAGGAGAAGAAGCAAGAGAAGAAGCAGGAGAAGAAGCCGGCCGCGGCUGACGGCAAGGACUCUGCCGAGGCCAAGGCUGCCAAGAAGGAGGGUGGCAAGAAGGCCCAGGACAUCGCUGGUCUCAGUGAUAUGGGUGGUGUCAAGUUUUUCCACGUUGUGAUGGAGAAGUGUGAGGGCUCUCCCGAACUGCUGCAGAUUGCCAUGGAUGGCAUGAACCGUGAGGUUGACGAAGCGGCCGAUGAUCGCAAGGGUGGCGCCGGCCACCUGGGCAAGAUGCUUCUCAGCGGUAUGUCACGAGGAUGCAUCAAGCGAGGCAGGGUCUCAGCCUGA